AUGGAAUAAGAGAGCGAAGAAAUUAGAUCUGCAUUCCCAGAAUAUCUCACAAAUACAUAAGAAGAUGGCGAACAUCUCGACUAAUGUUUGUAAUAAUUUGAGACAUUAUUCAAUAAUUACAAAGAUGAACUAAAUAUCUUAUCAGCAAUAGAAUCUAAGAUUACUAUGGUUGUUAAUUAAACUCCAAUGUAAUCAAUAAUUGAUUGUUAUGAAAACAUUGCUAAAGAUUAUAAUUUAUAAACAAAAAUGUUUAGGGUAUCAAAAUUUCAUGAUUAAAAAUGUAUGCCAUAAGUUCCAAUAUUAAUUUAAUAUUUGGAUAGCAAAAUUAAAAGUUUGCCUUGGCCUAUUAUCGGUGAUGUAAAUCCUAAUCAAUUAUAAGAAUAAAUGAUUAAACUAUAUAAUUUUAACUAUGGGAGAAUAGCAUUACAUGAAUUAUUAUUAUUAUGGUUUCCUUCAUUAAUAAAACCAUAUUGUAAUGUUAUUGGUAACUUAUUAAAUACUCAAACUAAAUUAUCUUAGGAUGAAAAAUAUUAUUUUGCAAUUAUGGGAGCUGCAGCAUCGGGAAGUGACUAGUUAUACGAUUUAUUAAUCUAACAUUUCUAUCUAAAUGAGGGUGAAAAAAAUUGGGUUGAGCUAGGAUAUGAGAGCAUUGAUGAGAAAAUCAAGUCUGUAGAUACUAUUUGCAAAAUACUUGUUUAAAAACCUUGGGAACAAUCUCUUAAAAAUACAUUACAAUAAAUAAUAAAGAAUAAUAAGUGGAACAAAAGAGAAUUAAUCUAAGCAUUAAUGAUAUUCAUUUUUUAUAAUAAUAUUGGCUGUUUUUCUUAAGGUAAUGGUAUCCUUAAAGAGAUCGAUUAUACUCUUAAACUAUAAUCAGGUAAUACUAGUAUUAGUUUUACAUUUCCUUAAGAAUAAUAAUAAUAAUAAUAAUAGAUUGAUCUUACAUAAAAUGAAUAUAUAAUUUAAGAAUUAAAAAAUUAAGUUCUACUAGAUGCUAAAUUGGAAAAUCCAAGUUAUUCAUCUGAUAAGAAUUUAUAAUUCAAAUCAAAAUAAUAAUCAGUUGAUGAACCUUAAGGUAUAAUUGAUUUGGAUGAAGAACAGUUGAUAUUAAAAUUUAAGGAGAAAUUCUAAAAAUAUUUCACUCAAGGGGAAAUAAAGGAUUCAACUGGGUAUCAAAUAUUACGAUUUUCGGUAUUGAUAAAUGAUAUACCGUAGGAGUACAACUUCCAAAUGAACAGCUAUCCCGUCUUAAAGUCUAUAUAUCCUGAAGGAGCAUAGACAUUACACGAUUUUUUAUUGGAAGUAAAAUAAAUGACUAGAAAUACUUUUGGCAAGGAGUAAUAGAUCACAACAGCCGCAUUUCGAAAAGCUAUACGAGUAUAUGCUCAAAAUAUAUAUAGAUAUUAACAUGAUGAUAUUGAUUAUUCAACACAGAUGAAUAAAUUACUACCUAAGGAACUUAAGGCUUUCAUAAAGAUUGUCAGUUUGACACCAAAUUUAUUAUAGAAGAAACACUUAGAAGCUAUUCCUUUGAAAUUGAGUCCAGAUGAAUUGUGUCAUAUUACAUUAUUAUCGAUUGCAGCCAAAAUAGAAGUCCAAUUAAUAUAUUUAUCUAAAGCUUUAGUAGAUUGUAUGUGA